AUGGUUGAUGGUGUGGUUAUCGAUGACUAUGAUAGUGUCAUUAACCACUAUUUUGAACAUUUUAGGAAUUUCAUGGGGGCUAAAAGUUUGGCUUCAAGCAGGCUUAAUGAAGAAUGUUUAGAUCAUGGACACAAGUUGUCUUUACAGCAACAAAUCCAAAUCACUAGACUCUUUUCGAAAAAAGAAGUAAAGGAUGCCAUGUUCAGCAUUAACCAACUUAAAAGUCUGCGACCAGACGAUUUUGGUGCUAGCUUUUUUAAGGGGCUUUGGUUUGAAAUAGGAGAUGAAAUUUCUGAUGCAAUCCUUUCCUUUUUUGAGAUAGGGUUGAUUCUAAAGGUCAUGAACAGAACCACCAUAUCUUUGAUUCCUAAAUCAAACAACCCUGCUUCAGCGGUGUACUACAGGCAUAUUGCUUGUUGCAACACUUUAUAA